AUGCCUCAAUUCCCGGUAUACCUAGACCACAACCCACACACCUCACUUCUCAGUCUUCCCAACGAGAUCCUAUACUUUAUCAUCAAAGACCUCCCACUCUCCGCCAUGGCGGCCCUCUCGGAAACGAGCCGUUUCAUCUCCGCCGUCACCUCCCCCAUCCUCACAAAUCUCAAGAAGGCCGACCACGAGGGCAUCCCAGCAAUCCACUACGCAUCUAGCCAAGGUUCACUCACAUGGGUCAUGUCUCUCCUCUCAUUAGGCGUUUCCCCAAACCUCCGGGUGCCAGAAACCUUUGGAACCCCUCUCCACUUCGCCGCCAGUAAAGGACACAAAGACGUCGUCUUGGGUCUCAUCAAAUCCAACGCAGAUAUCAACCCCACCGAUCUCUUCGGUGAUACCCCUCUGCAUGUUGCCGUCCAGGACGGCAUGUACGAGUGUGUAGAAGAACUGAUCAAGCAUGGUGCGAAUGUGGAUGCGCUUAACCGCCAUGGGGAAUCCCCGCUGAGGAAAGGCAUCGAGGUCUUACACAGGCUGGGGAGAAGUGAGGAUCCUCAUGAUAUCAUCAAGUUCAAGAACAUGGAGAACGCAGUCAUGGUACUGUUAUCCGGCGGGGUAGACGUCCGCAAGGUUGACGAGAGCAGACAGACGGUGCUGCACUUUGCUGCAUCACAGAAGAGCGUGCUAGUACUGGAGAAGAUACUUUCCCUGGGUGCGAGGGCUGAUAUCAACGCCCAAGAGUCAUUCAACCUUACACCACUACAUAUUGCGGCCAUCGAAGGGUAUUACGGAUGUGCAGCGGCGUUGUUACGCUCUGGUGCGCUCGUAGAUGCACAGACUCGCGAGGGAAAUACAGCACUACAUGUGGCACUCAUGGCGGAGAAUGGUUCUGCGAUUCAGACUUUGGUGGAUGGCAAAGCGGAUCCCAACAUCCUCAAUAACGCUGGAUAUACCCCGCUAUCUCUCGCAGCGUACUAUGGAUACACACGAUAUGUCUUGAUGAUGUGCAAAGGUGUAGUACCCAUCAACUGGUCGUUCGACUGCAACGCACUUGCGCUGUUCAUGGCCGUCACGCAGCGCCAUGAAACUGUUGUUAAGGCGUUACUGAACAAUGGUGCUGAGGUCGCGGUGGAUGUCCAGUGGAAAACAUCAAACUCAAGGACGGCACUACACGAAGCGGUACGAAAUGGAGAUUCUGGAAUUGUGUGGCUGCUGAUACGGCACGGUGCAGGUAUUUGGAUUCAGGAUGGGGAGGGGAAAUGUGGUGGAUGCUGGGCUUACGAGAAUGGUCAUUUCAAGAUGAUCCGAAUGUUUCACAUCUUUUCAUGA